AUGAGCGAGGUGAAAAGGAAAGGUUCUGGAAGAGUGGAGUUGAAGGAUGGAUAUAUGAUGGUUUACUCGGGAGUGGCCUUACAGAGUCGUGCAAAGGAGGGAGUGGGGGUCGUAAUGACACCUGAGACAUUCAAUAGAGUUAGUGACUGGCAAGCAGUAAGCCCUAGAAUUUUGAAAGUGGAUUUGGAGAUGAAGAUAAGGUUGACUUUUGUGCAGGUGUACGCUCCCACUGAAGACUCAAGUGUGCAGGAAAAGGAGGAGUUCCACUCAACAUUGAAUGCAGUCGUGGAAGGUAUUUAUCAUCGAGGAAGGCAGGUUAUCGUGGGUGGAGACAUGAAUGCCCGAAUAGGCAAUGACUGGGAACACUCACAUGGAGUGAUGGGGCCUUUUGCUGGAGAGCAGGUUAAGAACAGCAACGGAGAUAGACUGCUGGAGUUUGGAGUGGACAAUGGAUUGCUGAUUGGAAAUACAUGGUUCAAGCAUAAUUGGUACACCAAAUCACAUUUGAGGCAGAAGGAGAGAAGCAAAGAGCAUAAUAGAUUAUUUUAUGUACAGUACAGAAAUGAGAAGAAGAGUGACUGA